UGGCCAAUAAGCUAGCAGCUCUAAAAGUAAUCGGUCCACCCUCCUCAGAGAAUGCUAGAGAUACUCGGUAAUGGCGACAGGUCUGCCUGCCCAUGUGACAAGGUGUAAUAUGGUGUGGGAGGUAAAGACAGUCCCUAAAAAAGUCCAGGAAACCAAGACAGAUAGCUCCAGCAUGGAUGAGGCCUUCGACUUGCUCAAGUGUAACGAGGACCUGCCAUCUUCACCAGGCUGCCCCUCUACUGAAGGCCCCAUAGAAUAUGAUGACUUACCAGAGCUACAGGAAGUACAGGAAGACCAGUCAUCCCCAGCAGUGUUUCAGGUGACCCCAGGUGUGUCACAUAAAGAGAGGCCUGAGCAAGGCUGGAUCCCUCAGUCAGGGAGCGCUAGCAUCUCCCACACAAACUGGCUCACAGAAUUAGCCAACAUCGCCACCAGUCCCCAAAGUCCUUUACUGCAGAGUGCACCCCACCCCAGGUCCUCUCCUGUGCACAUCUUUGCCCACAGUAACAGUUUACAUUCCUAUGCUCGUCCUCCCUUGGCCUCCAGCAGCGCACCCAGUCCUUCUCGUAGCCACAUGAGGGAGCGUCGCCGCACGAGGGCUAGCAGUGAGUCCGAGUCUGGGGUUUUCUCUGUCUCUUCACUGUCUGAUGAUGAUGACAUGGGAUGGUCCCAUUCUUGGCCCUCCACAGUCUGGCACUGCUUUCUGAAAGGCACACGCCUCCGUUUUCACAAAGGGCCAAAUGUGGAGUGGCAGGAGGUCGAGGACGUGGCCGAAUAUGAGGAAGAGUCUGAUGAUGAAGGAGGCUUGCACCUCAAUCCCAUUAAAACAUAUGGGUGUGAGGGGUUGAAACUUGUGACCCUGGAGGAGACACUGUCAUUUGGCCAGUCAGUUCUGAAAUUAACCUUUGACCCUGGUUCUCCAGAGGCUGGUCUUCUAACUGCUGAGUGCCAAUUGGAUCAUCCAUUUUAUGUGAAAAAUAAAGGUUGGUCCUCCUUUUAUCCAAGCCUUACUGUGGUUCAGCAUGGUAUUCCCUGUUAUGAAAUGCAGAUUGGGGACUUGUGUCUACCUCCAGGACACCGUGAUGCCAUCAACUGUGAUGACUCGACUGUUUUCGACACCUUCAGGAGUUAUGACUUCACCCCUCUGGACUCAUCUGCUGUGUAUGUGCUGAGCAGUAUGGCACGCCAGCGGAGAGCAUCCCAGUCAAGCGGGGGCACUGUGAGCCCUGACUGUGACAAGCUGGAGCGUUCUGGCUCUUCCCAUCACUCCCCCAGUAGCAAAUCACAACGUAGCCACUCCUCAGGGGGAAGUGGAACCACACCCACAAAAUGCAAACGGCCAAUGAACGCCUUUAUGCUCUUUGCUAAGAAGUACAGAGUGGAGUACACACAGAUGUAUCCUGGGAAAGACAACAGAGCAAUUAGUGUGAUUCUUGGUGAUAAGUGGAAGAAAAUGAAGAAUGAGGAGAGAAGGAUGUACACCAUGGAGGCUAAAGCGCUGGCCGAGGAGCAAAAACGCCUCAACCCAGAUUGUUGGAAACGCAAGAGAACCAACUCUGGUUCUCAGCAGAACUAGCCAUGAGACAGGACUGGGAGUGAUUAUUUGUCAUCGGUCCACUUAGGAGUGAGGAGGACUUAACUGUGAUGCUAAAAACCUAGGAAGCGUCAUUACAGAUAUAGAUAUAUAUAUAUAUAUAUAUAUAUAUAUAUAUAUAUAUAUAUAUAUAUAUAUAUAUAUAUAUAUAUAUAUAUAUAUAUACACACACACACAUAUUGGGGGCCCAUUUUUACUUUAAUGACAGUGUGCACUCGAGCUGGCACUGACUCUACAUGUUUGUUUAAAAAUUAUGUAUUAUGUUAAAUUUUGAAUUUUAGAUCAAGUCUAUCAGAGCAUCGUCUGAAAACAUGAUUCAUUAAAAGAGAUUAUUCAUAAGGAAAAUCUGACCUUUUGUACACAGCUAACAUGGUCAUUACAGAUUUGCUUACAUUAAAAUUGGGACUUGAAAAUAAUGCAGAAUCUUGAAAAAUUAUUCAAGAUAUUAAACAGUCCCUUUCUUUGUUUUAAAAAUUAAAAAAUUUUAAAACAUUUAGUUUAUUUCCAAAUUUACAGUGUGCUCUCAAGUUCCCCGCUGUGUGUGUGUGUGUGUUUUCAUAUUUUAUAUAUAUAUAUAUAUAUAUAUAUAUAAAAUAAAAUAAACAUUAUGAAGCAUAUUAUCUAUUAAACUAACAGCGCAUAUAUUUUUCUUAUUCUUUCAAAAGUUAUGAAAAUGCCUUAUUCUUCCAAAGUAAGAAAAUGCUCACUUGUACGUUCAGGUAAUUUUGUAUUUCUAUGCUUGAAAGGUGAGACCCUGUGGUGCUAUUUGAGUGAGAGCAAAGGAGCAGUAUAAAUAGCAAAAAGUAUAUUUUUAAAUGUAAAAAGAGGAAUUUUAGAUGCUAGUCAGCUUGGUUUUGCAGUUGUUCAUAUGAGUUAUGUUUAACUCAAAAUAUUGCACAGACUCAUUGUAUUGCAAAUGGACAAAUGUUGAAUUUCAUGUUCACCGGUGAACUGGGAAUGGUUGUAUUCUGACACCAAGACACCAGCCUAGACCAUAAACUGUGUGUGGGAGCACGAGCGUCGUGCUUAUGGGUGCUUGUGCACCCUCCAACUGGCCAUAUUAUAGUGCAUUACAUGCUUCUAUACACACAUACAAACAUUUACUUGAUCACAAAUGAACACACACACAUACAUCACACACAUUCACUCUCACAUACAGCACUUCAGGGCCAUGCCUUCACUGUAAGUGUUUUGUUUUUGCACUUUACAUACAUAAACUUGUACAACCAUUAAAUGUAUACAAACUGAUAUAUUGUGUAUAAAAUUCUAUAUAUAUAUAUUACUCACAAUCAUGGCCAAACUGUAUAGUUUAUUUUGUGCUUUGCAGGGCUGCCAUCACAUUAGAGAAAAAGAGUUGUUCAUAAUGUACAGGUCCAUUUUACCAUUCUUGCACAAAAUAUUCUUGUAUCAUAUUAUAAAUAAAGUUUAAAAUUAUUGUACACUCA